AUGGAUCUUUCAGUUCCCUUCUUUCUCCUGUCGUACACCUGCGUAUUGAUUUCCGGUUACACGAUCGAGCUUGACCAGAAUCGAAUCACGUGUUGGACCUGUCCUAACAAGGGAAGUAACCUGGAGUGUAACGAUUGGGCGCCGGACAAGUAUUGUCCCCAUGGUCACUCCGUGUGCCAGACAGUACACACUUUCAGUGACGUCGCAGGUGGAAUCCCGAUGGUGCGUGUGGAGAAACGAUGCGUGGUUCCUGAGAAAUGUACGAGACAAAAUGUGGGUUGUAGGACGCACAAAGCAACGAAUGUGAAGACGUGUAUAUCUUGCUGCGCAACAUCUUACUGUAACGAGGAAGUUGCCCAUGACGACCAAACAGCAAUCAGGCUAUCCGUUUCCUUAAUUGGAUCUGCGACUUGUAACAAGUUUUCCUAUUGGCCAGUCUACCUCCUGGGUCACGUGAUGAUGUUGCUGAUGACCAAUUAA